GCUCCACUUCCCCGGUGGGCGGAGCUACAACUCUGAUAUGAUGAUCUAACGUUACUGAUAUGAUUAACUACAAAUACUUCACAGCCUUUUGUACAGGUUACCACUUUGUAACAGUAGCUAACUGAACUUCAAAGUCACUUUUCAAGGUCACUUUCAACUACUGAAAAGUCACAGCCACUGACCCGACGGGAGGUGGGACCCUGUGACGUAGUUUUCAGACUGCUGGCGUUGUUUACAGUUAGUGAGGAUUUUGUAGCAUGACUUGUCAAACGUCAAGCACUAAAUGGCCAUUAAAGUAAUUUCGGAAAUUAUGAAGAAAGAAGCUCUGUGACACAGUGUAAAUGGAGUCAUUGCGAGGCUCCGGGGGCCUCUCCCGCGAGUACAAACUGGUGAUGUUGGGAGAGGGGGGAGUGGGGAAGAGCGCUAUUAUAAUGCAGUUUAUCAGCCACAGGUUCCCUGAAGACCAUGACCCCACCAUAGAGGAUGCAUACAAGACACAGAUCCGCAUCGACGAUGAACCAGCCAACCUGGACAUACUGGACACAGCAGGACAGGCGGAGUUCACAGCCAUGCGGGACCAGUACAUGCGGGCGGGCGAGGGCUUCAUCAUCUCCUACUCCAUCACAGAUAGGCGGAGCUUACAGGAGGCGCGCCAGUUCAAGCAGCUCAUUGACCGUGUGCGCCGCUCCGCCAACACCCCCGUGGUACUGGUGGGCAACAAGUCUGACCUGACCCAUCUCAGACAGGUGUCAGUAGAGGAGGGGAAGGAACUGGCCCGGGAGUUCCAGUGCCCCUUCUUCGAGACCUCAGCGGCAUUUCGCUAUUACAUCGACGAGGUAUUUGCCGCCCUGGUCCGCCAGAUUCGCCAGCGCGAGGCAGAAUCGGUCCGCGGCAGCGAGAGGAAAACCAGGAGGAGCCAGUCGUUCUGGAGCCGCAUGCGCUCCACUUUCCACAAGAAACAGCACUCUGAGCACUGAGAGACGCUGUGAGAUAUGACAGUCCCCCCUCCAGUGGUACCCUUACAGCCCCAAUUCCUAGUUCCAACUUCCACGAGGAGACCAAUGACUCUUAUCAGAGUUAGAUUGAGUGUUUGCAAUGGGCAAUUAAACUAACAAUCAUUAGUGAAGAUAUGAGUCUUCUGUGCGCUUUAGAGAAGGCAGGAACUGUGCUGAUGUACCGUAUGCUCAUUGCGCUGAAAAUUGGGUCUGGUUUUUAACGACAGCCGACGUUAGCAUUUUAGUAGCCAAUGAAACCAAUUGACUGUAGUGUUGUAUAUUUUAAAUGCUGAGACACUGUGGAGUUGGCCUGAAGUUGCAACAUUUCUUUGAUGGAGAGCCAGUGAGGAGACGUUUAGGUGAAACUGUACCUCACAGGGAGGGAUGGGGGGCCUGAAGAGAGGUAGAGAUCAUGGGGAAUUGGAGAGGGGAAGGGAGCAAAGACUAGGCUAUGCAGGAUAUUCAGAAGGUCACAUAGUAGGUAAAGGGGCAUAGGUGUUGAGGAGUGAACUCCAAAGUUUGAUUUAAAGGCAGUUGGUUGGGAAAUACGAAGGGGUAUGAGACGUGAGUUUGAAGAUUAAAGGGAGGGUCCCAACGGAUGUGGUUUAUCUUGCCAGCCAAUGAAAGAGAAGGAUGAAAAGAAUAAAAAGUUUGUAAUAUAGAAGAUGAUGAAAACAAAGACAUUCUGAUAGCAUUCACUGUGCAUUUAGGUUCCUCUGUUUCAAUUGAAAAGCCAUCAAUUGAUUAUUGCUUAGUGUUUGUAAGCUGACCAGCCUGAAAAGCCAUGUUUCAGUAGGAGUGGGUAUACUUUGAGUGUGAACUGAGUUGCAGGGGAUAUUUAAUACACAGGUGGUGUUGAUGUUGACAAGUCAUUACUAUGCAGCAUUGCCUAAUAUGGUCCACUGAUCUAUACUUGGGCUGAUAGUUGGCUUGGGCAAUAUGUUGAUCAUAUCCAAAUGACAUAAAUCACUGGAUUUAAAAACAAUUUUAGAAUGGGAUUUGAUGGGCGUAGCUGGCAUUUUAAUUUUGCUCUGCCUACAACAGGGUUUGAUUGUGUUCAUAUAGUGUUUCAGCGGAUAGAGACAAUGCCAAGUACAAUACCUCUCCAGAGUGAUACACACUCACUCCUUUAUUACCCCCUGCCCUGUAGUACACCGGUUGUGCUCUUAUUAUUUCAGCACUCCGUGGAUCUGGUAGUGCCACAUAUGGGAGAAUAUGUUUUGUUUGUUUUAUUCCUCUUGAUCAUGAUUGUUUCCUUAAUUUAUUUUAUAUUAACACGUUAAAAUAAAAUGGACUUCCAUUUGCUG